AUGUUCAUGCACUAUAUGAAGCUCUAUGGCCGUCACCCGCACCAAUUCCUCCACCGCGACUUCCAGCUGCCCGAGCGAGAUCCAAUUUUCGACCUGCACACUGUGGUACAGGGCUUCAGCAAGAGCAUCGAUACAACUCUGACGGUGGGGUUUCAGAGGACCAUAUCUCUGAUGAAAGACUUGAGACAGUCUGAACUAGACUGUGUCUCGCAAGCGGAGGAAAUAGAGGAGUUAUUACCAGCGAAGGAGACGGCGAGGUGCGCCAGCGAAGAGCUCGAACGGAAAGUCUUUGGUCGUCUCCUGUCGGAUGGUGAGGAUGCCGAUGAACUUUUGGCGCAGCGCAGAAGUCGUCUCCGGGAUAUGACCAGUCGGCUUAAUGCUCAUGUGAUGAGCACAGCAAGCGUGCUUGAUCAGUACUUACCGCCUCUGGGCUGGCGUCAGCGCCUUGCGGCCGAGAGCAAAGCGGUGCCCGUUAGAGUUAGGGGUGAUACCCUACAACAGAAGCAAUGGCGUGAGGAGCAGAAGAGACGCCAGUUGGAGGCUCUCCUAGCGUACCGGGCUCGCAAAGCCCCUCUCAAGACGCCAUCUAUACAACCGAGUCGAGGCGACAGCGCGGAAGCACGUAAUGCCGCUCAGGCUGCUGCCACGAGAUCGAGGCUGAUCGCGAGAGCGAAAAAUGUUGCGUACAAAAAGCCCUCUCCACGUGAAAUACGCAAGAUUCUGGAGGAGGCGAAGCGCCGUCGAGAACGAUAA